ACCACAAACGGAGAAAGCAGAGACAAAGCAGGAGUCAACCACCAAGUCAGGAAGAGGAGCGUCCAGUGACAGUUUGCAAAAUGGCAGAGGAGUGGGGAAAUGCAGUAUUCGCUGCCAGGCGACGAGAUGACACAACAAGAGAGGCGAUGUUUACCUACACCAACAGCAAUAACACAAAGGAUCCCUUUGAGGGACCCAACUACCACAUUGCCCCUCGAUGGAUCUACAAUCUCUCAACAUUGUGGAUGUGCUUUGUGGUCGCCGCCUCAGUCUUCACCAAUGGCCUGGUGCUGGUGGCCACCGCCAAAUUCAAGAAGCUCCGCCAUCCUCUCAACUGGAUCUUGGUCAACCUCGCUGUGGCCGAUCUUGGGGAGACCCUUUUGGCCAGCACCAUCAGUGUCAUCAACCAGAUCUUCGGCUACUUUAUCUUGGGACACCCCAUGUGUGUUUUUGAGGGCUACACUGUCUCUGUAUGUGGUAUUGCCGCUCUUUGGUCUUUGACUGUCAUCUCAUGGGAGAGAUGGGUGGUCGUCUGCAAACCAUUUGGAAAUGUCAAGUUUGAUGGUAAAUGGGCAUCUGCUGGCAUUAUAUUCUCCUGGAUUUGGGCUGCUUGCUGGUGUGCACCUCCCAUCUUUGGUUGGAGCCGGUACUGGCCUCAUGGUCUGAAGACCUCCUGUGGACCCGAUGUGUUUGGAGGAAAUGAGGACCCCGGAGUCAAGUCCUACAUGAUUGUACUUAUGGUCACCUGCUGCUUCCUCCCUCUAGCCAUCAUCAUUCUCUGCUACAUUGCCGUGUGGCUAGCCAUCCGUGCAGUCGCCCAGCAGCAGAAGGACUCAGAGUCUACACAGAAGGCCGAAAAGGAAGUGUCCAGAAUGGUGGUUGUCAUGAUCAUUGCUUUCUGCCUUUGCUGGGGUCCGUACACUGUCUUUGCCUGUUUUGCGGCUGCAAACCCUGGCUAUGCCUUCCAUCCACUGGCAGCAGCUCUUCCUGCCUAUUUCGCCAAGAGCGCCACCAUCUACAACCCUAUUAUCUAUGUCUUCAUGAACCGACAGUUCCGUGUAUGCAUCAUGCAGCUCUUUGGAAAGACAGUUGAUGAUGGCUCUGAGGUGUCCACAUCCAAAACAGAAGUGUCCUCUGUGGCUCCUGCAUAAACCACUGCUUGUCAAUUAUAUCCUAUUUAAAAAAAAAAGAGGACAGAGAAAAGGAUUUCAGAGAACUGGACUUGCAGACUUCAAGUUGUAAUAAUCUCAACUGUAUAUAUUUAGCUACAAAAAAAAAAAAAAAAUCCUUUGGAAAAAAAAAACAAACAGCUUUUUACUGUCCUGGGAAGUGUCGAACACCAAACUGAACACCAUUUUCAAGACUUGAAGGGAUUUAUUUUUGCAAUCUGUUCUCACCAAAAUUUUUCAUAAAAUAACAUGCAACAAGCUGUAAGUUAUAAUAAAAUGGUCGAAAGCAGGUCACUUGAACAAUGUAAAAAACCUUGCAUUUAUGACUAAUUCUGUCAUUGUCACAGAGCU